AUGCUGAGUACUGUGUCUGAUAUCAACAUGGUGGCUGAUUCGGUACAGAGAGUGAUGAGGUUCCUUGACACUGAGACCAGUUAUAGCAAAUCUAUUAAACGAGGAAUCCAACCUGAAACAUUUAAGGCUGCCAUCUCUUUCAGAAAUGUACUCCAUGAUCUGACAUUGGACAUAGAGCCUGGUAAAGUCACAGCAGUAGUAGGAACUAGUGGUGCAGGAAAAAGUACAAUUGUAAGCCUGAUUUCGCGCCUCUAUGAUCCCAUUGCUGGGCAGAUCCUUAUUGGUGGAGUGGAUAUAAAAAAACUGAAUGUAAGCUGGCUGAGAAAUCAAAUUGGUGUCGUAUCACAGGAACCAAUGCUCUUCGAUACAUCGAUAGAAGAGAACAUCAGAUAUGGAAAAACUACUUCAACUUUAGAGGAUAUAAUCGAAGCAGCAAAAAUUUCUUAUGCUCACGGCUUCAUAAAUAAAUUACCUGCAGGAUAUCGUUCAAUUGUUGGAGAAGGAGGAACAAAACUGUCUGGAGGUCAGAAACAGAGGAUUGCCAUUGCAAGGGCCAUCGUCAAAAGACCCAAACUGCUCCUUCUUGACGAAGCCACUUCUGCGCUGGAUUCUCAUUCAGAAGGCAUUGUACAAGAAGCCCUGGAUAAUGCUAUGCGAAACAGGACAACAGUGAUCGUUGCUCAUAGAAUGUCGACAGUAAAGAAGGCUGAUGUUAUAUAUGCCAUGAAAGAAGGACGUGUCGUGGAAAAAGGCACUCACAGUGAACUGAUGAAAUUCGGAGGAUAUUAUUACUCUUUAGCUAAGAUUCAAGAACUUGAGGAAAAAGACCAAGUUGAUAAAACAAGCCGAAAAAGUUAUUUAAAUGAGGAAUGGUUUGAAGAAGCCCCACCAUUCAAUCAAGAAAGUUUAGAGGUGCCUCGUAAUGAAAAAACACUCCAGUUGAAUAUGAAAAACCUCAAAAUGAUGGUCGUGUGGUUUCUUGCUAUUGUGUUCUCUACCACUACUUCAACAUUUCUUCCCACUUUACACUAUAUAUUUAGUCUGUUUUGCGAGUCUUUCACAUACAGUAAAGAUGAACUGAGUUGGAGAGCCCUGAUGAAUGUUAGUUACCUCUUUGGACUUGGCAUUAUUAUAUUUUUCUCUGUGAUUUUGUCUGGUGUCAUGUCUACUAUUGCAACUCAAAUAUGGUUGGGAAAACUGCAGAGAAAAGCUUUUGAUAAAAUGGUUUCUAUUGACAUAAGUUGGUUCGACUGGAACGGAAACUCUCCUAAUGAAUGCCUUGAAAUAUUUACAAAUAGCCCACCACUCAUCGAAUCAGUAACAGGGGAUCGGGCAGCUCAAGUUCUCAUCUUCAUGCUUUCGGUACUCUUCUCUGUCGGCUACUCGUUCUUCUUCAGCACCAGUAUAACGCUGGCAAAUUUACCAAUCUUCAUAUUCUUCUUCAUCAUCAACUGUUUGAGAUUGAAGACACAAGAUGCAGAUGCUCGUUCCGCCUUCCUCCAAACCAAAGCAACCAAGGUAGCAAUUGAAUAUGUUCAAAGUGUCAAAACAAUCCAAAUACUAAACUGCCAAAAGUAUGUAGUAAACCAGUAUCAGGAAAUGCUUGCACAUUCUAAGAAGGAAGCAAUUGUAAGCAUAGCUUGGUAUGCAGCUGUUUAUAGUUUCUCUAAAACACUAAUUCGAUGGUCGCUGAGCAUAUUAUUUAUCUAUGGAACCAAUGUUAUUGUGAGAAGUAACGCAAGAGGAACAUCGUUCGUUGGCGUUACAUUUGCUCUAAGCAUGGCAUCUUCAUUGGCUGGACCUGCCUUGAUCCUGACAAGUCAGUACCCUGCAGCAAGACAGGCGAUGAAGCAGCUCUACAGGAUCGCUUAUUCCAAAAUAUCCCUCAACACAAUGACAGAUCAAGGAAUUAAACCAGCAAUAAGUGGAAACAUUAUCUUUCAAGAUGUGACCUUUUCUUACCCUACUAGGGAAAAAGUGCAAAUUCUCAAAAAGCUGAAUCUUAAAAUUGAAGCAGGAAAGACUAUAGCUUUAGUAGGAGACUCUGGAUGUGGAAAAUCAACAAUUAUCUCACUUCUAGAGAGGUUCUAUCUUCCUAAUGAAGGAAAAAUAUUGAUCGACGGUAACAAUAUCAAUGAUAUAAAUGUGAGAUAUUUGAGAAGCCAGAUGGGUCUCGUUUCGCAAGAGCCAGUCUUAUUUGAUAUGACAAUAAAAGAAAAUAUCCUUUACGGUUUGGAAGAAAAGGUUACAAUGGACAAGGUCAUCGAAGCUGCAAAAAUAGCAAAUAUUCACAACUUUAUAAUGAAGCUUCCUCGGGCUUAUGACGCAUCAGUUGGUGAAAGAGGUUCAAAGCUAUCAGGAGGGCAGAAGCAGAGAAUCGCAAUUGCUAGAGCUAUUCUCAGAAACCCAAAGAUAUUACUUCUGGAUGAAGCUACUUCUUCGCUUGAUACAGAGAAUGAGAAGGCUGUGCAGGAAGCUCUGGAGAAUGCUUCGAUCGGUAGGACUAAUAUUGUGAUAGCACACCGACUGUCGACUAUCCGUAAGGCAGACAAGAUUGUAGUCCUUAGGUCUGGUGAAGUAAUAGAAGAAGGGAACCAUGGGCAGUUAAUAGAGAAGAGAGGCCACUAUUUCAACCUGCUUAGUAGAUAA